CAGCUCUCUCUCUCUCUCUCUCUCUCUCUCUCUCUCUCUCUCUCUCUCUCUCUAACCCUCAUCGUCUCUGCAACUCAGAUCAAAUCUUGGAUUCUUGAACCCCAAAAUGGCUCCGACGCCGUCUUCUUCCAAAUUAAACCACUGCCAUACAACCCAGUUCAAGACUCCGCUGUCCAAGCACCGCCUCCAGUUUCCGAAAGCCCACCCAUCUCCGACCCCUAACUCAGCAGUAAAAGACCCGCCGGCGGAGCACCCGGUCGAAGUCCUAGCCCGAAUCCGAGACCACCCAGAUCGAAAAGAACAACCCGCAUCGGUUCUCCAGAUCAAUCCUCAGAGGCAGAGUAUUCGGGUCCGGGCUGAUUUUGGAUACCGGGAUUUCACGCUCGAUGGGGUUUCUUUGUCUGAAGAAGACGACUGGACGUUUUACAGAAAAUUUGUCCAGUCCAGGAUUGACAGCGUGAAAUUGGGGGAAAAAUGUACGAUCAUGAUGUACGGACCCACUGGUUCAGGGAAGAGCCACACCAUGUUCGGGUGUUGCAAGCAGCCUGGGAUUGUUUACAGGUCGCUGAAAGAUAUUCUUGGGGACGGAGAAGACGAUGGUGGUACGGCGGUUGGGUCGUUUGUGCAGGUCACUGUUUUGGAGAUUUACAAUGAGGAGAUUUAUGAUUUGUUGUCGAGCAAUGGCGGCGGAGGAUUCGGGUUUGGAUGGCCAAAGAGCAAUGGCUCCAAUUCUAAGGUUAGGCUUGAAGUGAUGGGAAAGAAGGCAAAGAAUGCAACCUACAUUUCUGGAAAUGAAGCUGGGAAAAUUUCAAAAGAGAUUCAGAAAGUGGAAAAGAGAAGGAUUGUUAAGAGCACCCUUUGCAAUGAUAGAAGUUCUCGAAGCCAUUGCAUGAUAAUCCUUGAUGUGCCAACAGUGGGAGGCCGCUUGAUGCUUGUGGACAUGGCUGGAUCUGAAAAUAUCGAGCAAGCAGGCCAAAUUGGGUUCGAGGCAAAAAUGCAGACUGCAAAGAUCAACCAAGGAAACAUAGCUUUGAAAAGGGUAGUUGAAUCCAUUGCCAAUGGCGAUUCUCAUGUGCCCUUCAGGGACAGCAAACUGACCAUGCUUCUACAGGAUUCUUUUGAGGACGACAAGACAAAAAUUUUAAUGGUCCUGUGUGCAAGUCCGGACCCAAAGGAGAUACACAAGACAAUCUCCACCCUUGAAUAUGGUGCAAAAGCAAAAUGUAUUGUCCGCGGCCCUCAUACGCCACUCAAGGACAAAACUGGGACUGAAGAUGCAUCUGCAGUUAUUUUAGGAUCAAGGAUUGCUGCCAUGGAUGAAUUUAUCCUUAAACUGCAAAGGGAGAAUAAGCUCAAAGAGAAAGAGCGGAAUGAAGCACACAAGGAGCUAAUGAAGAAAGAAGAGGAGGUUGCUGCUUUGAGAUCUAAACUUGAGCUUACAGAAGGGAAGAGAUCUGGGGCAAAGGAGGAAGAAAUCAACUUGAAGGUGAAUGAAGUGGCCCAGACUCUGAAAUAUGAGUUGGAAAAGAAAUUGGCUGAAUGCCAGAGAAUGGCUAAUGAGUUUGUUGAACUAGAGAGAAGGAGAAUGGAAGAAAGGAUUUUGCAACAGCAGCAGGAAGUUGAGAUGCUGAGAAAGCGGCUGGAGGAAAUUGAGCUUGAACUGUGCCGCUCAAGUGAUGGAAAUGGUAAGGAGAGCGGGUCAAAGGAGCCUGAUGGAACGCAGUUUGCCAAAAGGUUGUUAGGAAUCUAUGCCAGUGAUGAUGCAGGAGGAAUGGUAAAGUCAAUGGAUUUAGACAUGGAUGAUCAAGAACCGUUUGCUCGGGAGAUCAAAUAUGUAGGAGUGGUACCUGGGGUUGCUUCUCAAUCUGACAGCAAUAUUGUAAAUGCUGCACACAUUGAUUCUUUUGAACCAAAAUAUGCUGACAGGGUAUGCCUGAGCACUGUUUUUGAGGAAGAAGAAAUGGAAGAAGAGGAAGGAGCUAAUGAAAAUGCAGAGGCUGAAGAGGUUGAGAAAGAAGUUAUAGAGGAAAAGAGAGUGUGUGUGGUUGAUGGAUCUAGCUUCAGGAGUAAUUAUAAUGUGGGCUACCUGACAUCUUUACCUCAGGAAUAUCAAGAUACACCAACUGUGCAUCGGCAAAGCAGAAAUCCAGAGGAAGAAGAUAGCAAUGGAAAACCGGAUGAUAGGCUUGUCAGAAUCCGCAACAUAUUUACACUCUGUGGAAACUACAGAGAGCUAUCUCAGCAUAUCCCAAGUCAAGCACCUACUGUUGCAUCAGUUAAAUCAGAAAAUGAGCAAAAAUUGGUGGAACCAGAGAUAAACAAAAGCCGAGUGUGUGAUGAGAGAGCAUUGGCUUCCAAAGAAAACUGCGACCCUUCAAAUGAGGGCAUUGAUUCGGAUACAACUGAAGUGUAUGUGAAAUGGGAGGGCUCAAAAGAAAAUCCGGGGAAGUUUAUUACAACACUGAAGGUUGUAAAAGACGCAACCCUUGCUGACCUGCGAAAGUUGAUUGAAAUCUAUCUCGGGGCAGACAAUCAAGCAUUCACUUUUCUCAUGCUUGGGGACCCGAGUGGAGCUUCAGUAGCGAAGGAGAAGGAAGCAGCAACUCAGGCAACAAAGCUGCCCCUAUGCGACAAUCAAUCAAAUGGGUACCUGGCUUGCCUGAGACCACUGAAGGGAAUGCAAAGCCCAAGUCAGCUUUUCCCAUUAAGUCCUCUCCCAUUGAAAUCACUGGAAAACCAACUGCCACUCACUCCAACUUCCUGCUUCUCAGUCCAAGGUGGUGAUUGUACGACACCCCAAGUAGCACCGAACUUAGGUUCUACUCCUUAUAUCACUGUCAGAAAACAUAAGUAGUACUUCUGAAUCUGAUUGCAUGGAAUCUAUGGAUGGUUUGGUUGUAACAAGUGCACUGAGACGGUGCAACUUGUGUAAUGAAAAAGCACAUUAUUAUAUGAAUGUGUUUCUUUUGGUUCA